AUGCAUAUUUAUUGGUCUCAUUCGUCACCACAAAUGAUCUCGGAGUCAAAAUUUAAUGAAGAUAAAUUGAAGGAAGCUCAAAAAAAAAAACUCAGAGUUAUCCAAUGUUUACGACAAAAUACAAUUGUGCUAACAUUAUGCAAGAGUUCGAGUCUUAAUUUAUUUCUGAUACUAUCAGACAAACAAUCAAACGAUGAGCCAUUGGUUCAAAUAAAACCCCGAGACAUGCCAGCAAACCCUGAUAAACAUUUGUUACAUGGAAAGAUUUCGACCCAAAAGUUCUAG